UGGGAGAAUCCUUCGUAAUGCCAUCAUCACAUGGAUGAGCCAUGGGCCAGCAAUUCUGCUCUCCUGGCGACGAUGUGGUGCUUCGCCUGGUCACAUCCAACGAGAUUGAAGGCCUGGCGAAGCUCAGCUUCAGGAGUAGUUCUUGCAGCCCUCAACAUGCCGACCUUCCUGUUGCAAACAUCGACAACGUUGGAAGCUUCGGGCCAAUGUCAUCAAUGUAUGAGAAGUUCGAACUUGAAGCGCCUCUUCCGCAGGACCUGCCCUCGACCCGCCUUGUGAGAGGCAACAGGGGAGAGGUACGGCGCCUGCACCUGUGCCGCAAGCCUACUGGCAAAGACUGCCAGGAGAGGCUGAGGAUGCAGGUUGCAAGGCUUCAAGCUCAAACGUGUGAAGGAAUCGCCAGGAUUCUGGAAGUAUUUGAGGAUUCCCGGGCUAUAGCCAUGGUUAUGGAGCAUUGUAGCGGCGGGACGCUGCAGGACCGCAUCUUACAGCGGCAUUUCUUUGCGGAGCAGGAGUCUGCAAUGCUUGUCAGGCAUAUGUUGCAGGCGGUGCAAGCCUUGCACAGAGCGGGUCUUUACCACGGUCAUUUGUCGCCAGACUCCUUCAGGUUUCACACCGAUCAGGCCCAGGCCCCACUGAAGCUAGUGGACUUUGGGCUGGAAUUGAAGGCGUGCUUGCUGGAGUGGUCCCCAGAGUCCGGCCAUGAGCAGCUGGCCUGCCAGGGCCAGGCUGCUCGCCACUGGCCCCGCAGCAGCUGCCCACAAUUAUUCGAGGCAUGCCGCACGGUCUUUUGUGCGCCGGAAGUCUUCAAGCAGCUGAAGGCUGGGGCGGCAGCUGAGCGGCAACCUGAUCUUGCGCCCUUGCUGAAGGGGGUGAAGACAGGCAAAGUGUCGAACAUGCUGGACCUGCAGCUGCUGUCUGAGGCCAUAGAUACCCACCUCGAGCGGAGCCAGGACCUAGGCAUUGACUUCCCGUCAGAUGUGUGGAGUGUGGGUGCCAUUGCAUUUCUGCUGCUUUGCGGGUACCCUCCAUUUUUUUCGCCGAUCAGACAGGCGAUCAUUGCGCGGGUAGAGAAGAUCGACUUCUCCUUUGAUCCGCCCUUCUGGUCAAAGAUCUCAGAAGAGGCGAAGGAUUUUGUGCAGAAGUGCAUGCACGGUGUUCCUGGCCAACGACUGAAAGUGGAGGAGGCUUUGCAGCAUCCGUGGAUUCUUCGACUGGCAGACACAUCCCCCUCAGGACCAAUGCUGCCAUCGUUUGCUUUGAAUCUGCGCCGCUUCUAUCGGACCUCUAUCAUUGAGGCAACUGUGGGCAACGGCUUAGCUUCCAAGCUCAUGUACAGGGCCACGAUAGAGCUUCAGCAGGAGUGUCACCGAGCAGACAGGGCAAACACUGGCUUUCUCACUUCAGCUGAUUUGCGACAGGUGCUGCAGGGAUCUGGGCAUUCUGAUAUUGCGGAUGUGAUAAGCUCUUGCUUUGCCCGGUAUUUGAAGCAUGCCGGCGAGUCGUAUCUGGAUUACGCAGCGCUUUUCGACUCCGUGCGCUUGCGAAGGGAGAUCCUGUUGGAAGAGGAGCUCUGGGGAAUCUUCGCAGAGGGCGGCGCAAACGACAGUGAAGUCGAUGUCCGCACGUUUCUCCAGGCCACUGCACUGGGCAAGCUCCUGCAACGCGAAGGGGCGCAGGAUCUUUGCAUACAAGGACUCUCGGGGCUGGAGCUGAAAUCGGAGGCAGACUUCCAGGAGAUCACCAGUGCAGUCUUCCAGAUCCUCAGGUCAUCAGUGAUUGCAUCCAUGGCCACUGCGCCAAGCAAGGAAUAGCAGUGGUCCGUUCUGUACAAAGAGCUUGAGCAGAUCUCUGCGAGUCAAUGUACCCUCACGCUUUCUGCUGCUUAGACCGGCAGCAUGCUGGAGAUGCAGAAUCAGCCGGAUGAUUGAAGCAAGC